AUGGCUGCUUUGCCAGGAGCUAGCCAAAGCAUGCCCCAGAGCAAACCCUACGCACCGCAAGUCGCAGGUCUUGGGCUCAUUCCCACCAAGAGCCUUGAUGAUCCCAUCACAUCCAUCUUCCUGGCCCUCUUCUUGGUGGGCGCCAUCGCUCAUUUGCUAAUUUUGCGAGUCAACCUCAGCAGAGGCAAGAAAUUUCUCAUGUCCGGUCUCCUCUUUGCCUUCUGCAUGGCCAGAAUCGUGACCUGCACCAUGCGGCUCGUCUGGACUUCGAAUAUCACGAACGUCAGUAUCGCUAUCGCUGCCCAGAUCUUCGUCGCCGCCGGCGUAAUAUUGCUCUUCAUCAUCAACCUGAUAUUCACGCAGCGGGUCCUCCGCGCCUCCCACCCAACCUGGGCCUGGACGAAAGCAUUCUCCCUUACUUUUAAGCUCUACUACGUCUCCAUCGUCCUCAUGCUCAUCGCUCUCAUUUUUUGCACCGUCCAAAGCUUCUACACCCUCGACUCCAACAUCCGCCGCAUUGACCGCGACGUGCAGCUCGUAGGCUCGACCUACUUCGCUGCUACUGCGUUCCUGCCUCUUCCACUCCUGGCGCUCAGCUUCCUCCUUCCUAGGCCCGGGGUUGAGAAGUUCGGCGAGGGCCGCUUCAGAACCAAAAUCUACAUCCUGCUAUUCUCGUCCUUCAUACUCGCUCUCGGCGCUGCUUUCAGGGCAGGUAUCGCUUACGUUCCUCGUCCGAGAAAUGAUCCAGCGUGGUACCACUCCAAGGCUUGUUUUUACGUCUUCAAUUUCACGAUUGAGAUUAUAGUUGUGGCGCUCUUUGCUGUUAUCAGGGUCGACAAGCGGUUUCACGUGCCGGAUGGGAGUCGGGGCCCGGGAGAUUAUGCUGGGAGGAAGGGGAGGGGAGGGAAUAUGUGGACUGAAGAGGAGAAUGUCGACGCAUCUGAGCAUCAGAGGGGCUUCCUUGAUCGGAUCAAUACCGAGGAGGAGACUUUUGGGUUCGAGAUUCAGAGCGGCGUAUAUGCCGAAGUGAGACGCGAGACGAGAAUUGUCGAGAUAGAGAGGCCAAAGGGACUGGGAGGAAAGAUGGACGUAAGAUUUAGCCAGGUCCCGACGUUGCGACUUAUGAACCAAGUUCCGACACUGAGGCCUACGAGCGAGACUAUCGAUGCACCGGCUUCGAUAACCAAGAUGGAAGAACCUAUCACGAAAUCCGAUAUAUCACUACACUGA